CGGAGUGCAGGAGUCCAACAUGGAGCGCCGGAGAAGAAGAGCCGAGCCCCAGAGCUGUCUUCCUGGGGACACAGCCCUCGCCGGGCUGCUCGUCGCCGUGCUGCUGGGGGUGUGGGGUGCCCAGGCCCUGGAGAUGUCGGUGGGGAAGAUACCCUUCCUCGAGGCAGUCAACGGGAGCACGGUUCUGCUGCCCUGUACCUACGCCAGUUGCAUUGGCAUUAAGAACCUGUACUUCAGGUGGCAGUUCAAUGACAACGGCACCAUGCUGAAGGUGUGUGAUUCGGUGAUCACGGAGGAAGGGGCAAAACCCGACGUUAAAAUCUACAGGGAGCGGGUGGAGUUCGUGGGUGACAGCAAGACCAACAACAUCUCCAUCCUGCUGCAUAACAUCACCUUUGAGGAUGACGGCCAGUACACCUGCUUCGGACGCAACCCGAAGGAGAAGGGCAAAAACCACAGUGCCAUCUUCACCCUCAGUGUGGUGGACGAAUUGAAGGUAGUGGACAACACUCUGACCAUCAUCAUAGUGUCAGCUGUGGGUGGAGCAAUCGGCUUGCUGGUGGCCUUCAUGUUGACGAAGAACUUUGUCCUCUUCGUCAUGGCCAAGAUCGAAGAGAAGAAUAAAGAGUGCCUUGUGAGUUCCUCAGGAAUUGAUAACACAGAAAACGGUCUCUCAGGAUCCAAAGCCGAUUCUAAAGCGACACCAAAGAAGGCGUGAAAACAUGCAUGCGUGUAUAUGUAUAUAUGUCUUCACAUGUAUAUGUAUACAUGCAGAUAUAUAUGCUAAACUGGUAUUUAGAAACAUUACUACAAUGGACGUUUUAUUUCUUUACAUAUUAAAAUAACAAUAACAAUACUAAUAAUUUUGUAAACUAUGCUUGAGACUGGGAGACAUGCAAUACACCCUGUGCUGUCUGGGCUGGAUCAAACCACACCCCCACAACCAUAUUUUAUGGCCUUAAUUGUACCAUAAACUCUACUUUGCUACAUGUGUUUUUCUUCAACAUUUCAGCUAAAUAUCUCUUGUUUUCACUGUUAACAAGAAUUAUGCGUUCCUUUCACAUUUUUCAAAGCUUGUUUAACUGCCAUUAAAAAUCAAACCUAGAUAUCAAAGUAGGGGUUGAGCAGAAUUUUACCACCAUUUUUUUGUAAAACUAUUAAAAAUACGAUUACUUGGAUGCAAUAUACCAUCAGGGUUUUCAAUUUUAAAUUUGAAUAUUACACGUCAAAAAAAGACAAUGAAAAAUUCUCUUGUCUGUAAACAUUUUUACAACAUAUUUAAACUGGAAUACCACUAAAAAUGUACUCUUAUGCCCCUCUGGAUGCGCUGUGACUGGUUGUCAUCUCAUACAACAAAUAGGUAUGCUGCUUUUCUGAUAUUUGGCAUUUAAACAAUUUCAAGAAUCUUUAAUGAUGUUCUAUUUUACCAUAGUGUUUUUGCUAAACAUGCCACAAAAGUGAUGUUUAGCUUAAGUGAUAGAAAAACUAUUUGUAGAGAUGCAAUAAUUGUAUCUUAUAUGGGACCUGGUGCCUCAUACAUGAGAGCAGCUUCAAACAACUCCAGCUUCAAACAACCCCAGCUUGACUCCAGGUUCAAAUUGGCUUGUGGCCUAUUUCAUAAGGGUGUCUGAGGUAGUUGACUGUAUAACCUCUAAAUUUAACACAAGCAAGCUUUAGGUUUCCAAAAAACUAUUAAAUGGUGAGGCAAAGUACUUUCAAUGUUCUUUUGUGGCUUACAGUCUACAGCAGGUUGUCCAAAGUAGUCCAAAAUGACCUCAAAAAUAUUUUGAGAUUGAAAUUAAUGUUUAAUAUUCAGUAUGAAACAUAUACCUCUGAAGUUCAUGAAAACUUCUUUUUGCUUCUUUUUUAUGCACACAGAUGACAGAAAGUACAUGAUUUGUUUAAUUACUUAAAAUAACACGAUGAGUAUUAUGAUGGCCCCCAAUUUUUGUUGUGCCAGGCAAAGUCA